AUGGUUUUAAGGGAUGGAAGGGGAGGAGGAGGUUUUCUCAUUGGGAAACAGGUGGUUCUGGUGGACUACGCGGAGGUCUCCCAGCGACUUCUAGAAGCGUUGCUAUCUAACGAUCUGAAAUCGUGUCUUGCUGAUCCGUUCAUUGACGUGAAAUACGUUGGUGCUGUGUGUCUGAAGGUUCACAAGACGGACUUGAUUUUACUGGAGGAAUCGCUGACCAAUAUUCGUGUCUAUUAUGAGGAGUUUCGAACUGAUGUUAUUACACUGUUUAUCGUGAUUCACAAUGGAAAUGUGGCUCUUGAGACGAAAUUACUGAGUGUCGGAGCUGAUGUGAGCCAGCAACUAUUUAAGGGCUUUGCAACAACAGAAGCUGUGAGGAAGGGCCACCUUGAGAUCCUAGAGAUCUUAGUUAAGGAUGGGGCCUCUCAGCCAGCUUGUGAGGAAGCCUUGUUAGAGGCAAGCUUCCAUGGGCAAGAAAAAUUUGUAGAGAUGCUUAUGGGAUCUGAUCUUAUUCGACUUCAUAUUUCCAUUCAUGCUCUCAUCAUUGCGUCCUGUAGAGGUUUUGUGGACUUGUUAGAUGCUCUCUUGAAGGGAUUAGAUUUAAAUCCUUGUGACAACUUCCUUUAUGUCAAGAACUCGCCUUCCUAUCACACUUCCAUGGUCUGCCCAACAAAAUUAUUACCUGUGAUAAGUCGAAAGGCUGCUACUUUUUUCGUCUUGUUGUUACAUUCUUUAUUGAAAGCUGGUGUUAGAACUGAUGUCAAAGUGCAAGUUGGAGAAUGGUCAUGGGAUACAGCUUCAGGUGAAGAAUUUCGAGUGGGUGCGGGACUGGCAGAGCCUUAUUCCAUCACUUGGUGUGCGGUAGAAUAUUUUGAAUCAACUGGUUCUAUCUUGCACUUGCUCCUCCAAUAUAUCUCCCCCAAUACCCACUAUGGAAGAACUCUACUCCACCAUGUCAUUCUCUGUGGCAAUGCAGGAGCCACCAAGGUGCUUCUGAAAUGUGGCGCUCACAUAGAGACCAAAGUCAAAACCACUCAAAAUACUCAGUUUCGGCCAAUACAUAUGGCUGCCCGUCUUGGAAUGACAGCGAUUCUUCAGUGUUUAAUUGAUUCCGAUUGUGAUCUGAAUUCAAAAACAGAGACCGGUGAAACUGCUUUAAUGAUCUGUGUCAAAUACAAGCAGGAAGAAUGCCUUAAAGUAUUGGCCAGGGCAGUUGCUGAUUUUGGAUUGGUUAACAUAGGUGGCCAAUCUGCAAGUUCUAUUGCUGGGUCCUGUGGGUGGUAUCUUGGCUUUCAACAAACAUUGCUUGAUGUGAUUCGAGAUGGGAAGGUGCCCAAAUGUAGCAACAUUUUUGUAUUUUCACCUCUACUAUUUGUAGCUCAAUCAGGAGAUGUUCUAGGCUUUAAAGCUCUGAUUGGAAAGGGAGAAAUUGACCUUGAUGAGCAGGUUGAAAGAGGUUUCUCUGCAGUUAUGGUUACAGCAAAGGAGGGUCAUGUUGAUACCUUCCGAUUGCUUGUUUUUGCUGGGGCUGAUGUAAAGCUCUGCAAUAAGUAUGGUGAAACUGUUAUUACAUUGCCAAUAGUAUUGACUAAUAGAGAUCUCUUUGAAAAGGUUAUGCUUGAGUUUGCUCUUGAAAAGGGAAAUCGCAUCGCGGGAGGAUUUUAUGCAUUGCACUGUGCAGCUCGCCGAGGGGACCUGGACGCGGUCAAGUUGUAGACAAGUAAGGGUUAUGAUGUCAAUGCCUCUGAUGGGGAUGGCUACACACCCGUCAUGCUGGAGGCGAGGGAGGGACACGGAAGGACGUGUGAAUUCCUGAUCUCUUGUGGAGCACACUGGGACAUAAAAAAUGCUAGGGGCGAAACGGCAUUAACACUUGCGAAAAGUAAUGGACGGCAGAACGAUACUGAGAAUGUGAUCCUAAAUGCACUUGCACGCAAGCUAGUGCUCGGCGGUUCACCCAUGCGAAAGCACACCAAGGGAGGGAAAGGAUCUGUGCACUCAAAAAUUGGGCAAAUGGUGGGAUGUACUGGAGUUUUGCGUUCCGGAAACUUGAGCCGUCGCAAUGUUAUAUGCCGAGAGGCAGAAGUAGGACCAAGUUUAUGCUUUCAGAGAAAUAGGCAGAGGAAAGGUGAUGCCAUUGAACCUGGGAUUUUUCGAGUGAACACGACAAAAAACAAGGAAGUGCAUUUUAUGUGUGAGGGUGGACUUGAAAUGGCAGAGUUGUGGGUGCGUGGAACAAGGCUCGUGACAAGAGAGGCUAUUUUAAUUCAUUCUGGUAGGACAAGUCUCAGGCAUCAUAAUUCAUUAAUUAUUGUUUUAGAAUUGUACUGGAAAGAGCAAAAGGAUAAUAUCCAACAUGUUAGUCAAGAUUGCACAAAAAAGUGUAACAUCGCCCGCAAAUCAUUUACAUGGCAAGAAAAAAGGUGGAUCAUUCACUGUCUACGUGCUUUUCUUGUAUAUGUAGUCUACAAUCAGUGCAAUUCAUAUCUCUAUUGA